AGAAAAUUCAGACAUAAUGUAGUUUAAUCACAUACUGUUACAUGAUUCACAUGAAAUAAACAUUCCUGUAAUAUUUUUCAGACAUUAUUUGCUUAUGUUGGUUGAUCUUCACUAAAGAUUGAAAAGCAGCAACCACUAGAAAAAUGAAUUCUCAAGAACACAAAGAGUGGGUUAAAUCCAUACAGGAAAAACUCAAUGAGGCACAACAAUUUAUUACAAGAAAAUCAUGGGAGAAGUGUUGCAUAUAUCGAAUGCCUCGUCGUAUAAGAGAUGCCCAAAAGAGCAAAAAAAGCUAUGAGCCCCAGACCAUAUCCAUAGGGCCAUACCAUACCGGAAGUGAACUAGUUCAGGAUAUGGAUCUUUACAAGUGGGUUGCUCUGCACCAAAUCCUACAACGGACCCGUCAAGACCUAAACCUUUACCUUGAUACCAUCAGGCAAGUUGAAGAUCAAGCGCGAGGUUGUUAUCAACAAGUCAAUCAUCUAAGCAGCAACAAGUUUGUAGAAAUGAUGGUCCUUGAUGGCUGCUUCAUCGCCGAGCUCUUGAGAUGUUACCAGGCUAGAGACACAACAGGAGGCAACCCUGUCUUUGCUAAUAAGAGAAUUGUUGAAGACAUUGUGUUAGACAUGGUAAUGUUGGAGAAUCAAGUUCCGCUUUUUAUAAUUGACAGGCUACUUAAGCUAAUGAACGGAAAUCAGCACCAAUAUGAUCAGGCUUUGGAUUUAGUUCUCAGCUUCUUCAAUCCUAUAUGGCUGACAGGUAUAAGAAUGUCUAUAAACGAGCUAAAUGAACUGAACAGUUCACUAAAGCAGGAAGAGUGUCUUCAUGUCCUUGAUGUAUUUCGGCGAAGUCUACUCCAUGUAAGGCCUCAACAGCAGGAUACCAUUAAUAAACACAGAUUUCGAUGGAUGAUAUGUGAUAAGCUUGUCCCAAUGUGUUUGAAGCGGUGGCUAAAUAAAGCCCCGGACAGUAUUUCAAGCCGUGAACAAGUCUUAUAUAGGGUGACUGAGCUGAGAAAGGGAGGAGUAAAAUUCAGGAAACGGAACACCAGCUGUCUUUUAGACUUCAGGUUCAAGAACGGAGUUUUUGAAAUCCCUCCCAUUUGGAUACAAGAUAGUACAAUGACCAUCCUCCUGAAUAUAGCCGCCUUUGAGCACUGUCAUAUGAAGAUAAGUGAUGCUGCGAUUGCAUCAUAUGUGGUCUUCAUGGAAUGCUUGAUAAAAUCCCCUGAAGAUGUAGGCCACCUUCAUCGUCGUGGAAUCAUUCUUGGAGAUGAUGCUCAAGCUGUUGACUUGUUCAAGAGCGUGUCUAAAGAAAUGCUCGUGAAUGUACAUGAUGGUUACUAUGCAGAUCUAUCUAAAGAAGUGAACGCGUACUACAACCAGAGAAGAAACAGAUGGCGAGCAAGCUUGCUUCAAAAGUAUUUUCACAAUCCUUGGUCUAUCAUCUCACUGGUUGCUGCUAUCAUUCUAUUGUUUCUUACUGCGAUACAGAGCUUCUAUGCAGUUUUUUCAUACCACAGGCCAAAAUCUUCCAAAUAGAAAAGAUAUAUUCUAUGAAUUUCUGAUUGAGCAUGUAUACAGCUUGUUAUUAUGUUUGUAAUGCCAUUUGGAAAAUGUUAUUGACUGAGAUUUCUAAAGCAGGCAGUAAAAUUUUAGGCGUGUUCAAACUGAUAAAUCUGAAUCACAGCAAAAUAGAACGAAUGUCAGACUUUUGAGUGGCCUGAUUCACUCCCAAUUCAAUAGUCUGGACGCCUCUCUUUGCCUAUUCUCCCUUAUUUAUAACAUAUGCUGAUUCUCGUUU